UCACCCCCUGGUGCUACAUCACCUCCUGCAUCACCUGCUACAUCACCUACUACACCAUCUUCUACAUCACCUGCUACAUCACCUCCUACAUCACCUACAUCACCUCCUACAUCACCUUCUACAUCACCUACAUCACCUCCUGCAUCACCUACUACAUCACCUUCUACAUCACCUCCUGCAUCACCUACUACAUCACCUUCUACAUCACCUCCUGCAUCACCUACUACAUCACCUUCUACAUCACCUCCUGCAUCACCUACUACAUCACCUUCUACAUCACCUCCUGCAUCACCUACUACAUCACCUUCUACAUCACCUCCUGCAUCACCUACUACAUCACCUUCUACAUCACCUCCUGCAUCACCUACUACAUCACCUUCUACAUCACCUCCUGCAUCACCUACUACAUCACCUUCUACAUCACCUCCUGCAUCACCUACUACAUCACCUUCUACAUCACCUCCUGCAUCACCUACUACAUCACCUUCUACAUCACCUCCUGCAUCACCUACUACAUCACCUUCUACAUCACCUCCUGCAUCACCUCCUGCAUCACCUACUACACCAUCUCCUACAUCACCUUCUACAUCACCUGCUACAUCAUCUCCUACAUCACCUCCUGCAUCACCUCCUACAUCACCAUCUUCUACAACAUCUCCUACAUCACCUCCUACAUCAUCUCCUACAUCACCUUCUACAUCACCUACAUCACCUCCU